AUGAAUGAAAAGAUUGAUGUGUAUAGUUUCAGUGUGAUAAUUCUGGAACUGGUGACGGGACGAGAGUCGAACGAUGGAAACAUGGAUUGGUGCCUAGUUGACUGGGUGCGAUACUAUGUUCAAGAAGGAAAGCCCAUUGAGGAUGCUUUAGAUGAGGAAAUAAAGGAGGCAGAGAACAUUGAUGAGAUGUGUGGAGUGUUCAGGCUAGGGAUAUUCUGUACUGGUGCAAAUCCUGCUAAAAGACCCUCCAUGAGAGAGGUCUUGCGGUUCCUCCUCGAUUGCAGCUCUCAAUCAGCAAAUGGAAAAGAAAUGAGUGUUAGUGAGCGCGAUGUUUCACCGCUUCUCAAGUGUUCUAGUAGUGAGGGGAUAUUGGAAGAUGGAGAUGAUGGUUUAAAGCCAGCAAAUGACAGUUCAAUCAAGAUUUCCCUUCCAUUCAUUUUGUACGUGAAACUCGUCAUGGUAUCAGAGCCAAUGCGCAGUUCUUACGCCGCCGCCGUCUCCGGCGUCGGAGACACGAUUCCAGGGACGCGAACAACAACUCCGAUCACGCGAUCUUCGAUCCACAAUCCAGUUCGAAAUAGUCCAGAGAGGAUUCCACAGCAGAAUCCACAGUGA